CCGCAGAUCUCGCGAUACCUCCGCGAUCGAUUGGUCGAGGAUCUAGGAAGAGGUUCGGCGAAGUCAGACUGGCGCGUCUUCGUCAUUGCCUGGGUCCCUGCUCGACUCUUAAACCAGCUCGGGUCUCCUUAGACCUAGGUGGCCUUUCCCGUCAGGGAUUGGGCAGCCUGGAGAAGUGAGCGCUUGCGGUGUCCUCCCCCGCCCCGGCCACUGUUCCUGCAGCGGUCCUUCUCCUUUCCUUCCGAGGAGGGGCUGCAAGCGGUGCAAGGCGUUCGGGGCGAGCCGCUGCGGCCAAGCGACCGAAGUUGCAGCUAGGCGCGGGUGACUUUCCCACCUCCUCCCUCCGCGCGGGAAACUCCCUUUCGCUGCAGGGGGAGGAGCCGAGGUCCCCGGUUCGAGGGUCUCCUCCCUCUCGGCCCCGCUGGGUGGGGCGGACUUGGGGGUCGAGAUGACCCAGGAGCGGCCCAAGUUCUACCGGCAAGAGCUGAACAAGACGAUCUGGGAGGUGCCCGAGCGUUACCAGAACCUGUCGCCGGUGGGGUCUGGAGCUUACGGCUCCGUCUGCUCUGCCUUUGAUGCUAAAACUGGCCUUCGUGUGGCAGUGAAGAAAUUGUCCAGACCAUUUCAGUCUAUCAUACACGCCAAAAGGACCUACCGCGAACUGCGACUGCUUAAACAUAUGAAACAUGAAAAUGUUAUUGGACUUCUAGAUGUAUUCUCACCUGCGAAGUCAUUUGAAGAGUUCAAUGAUGUAUAUCUUGUAACCCAUCUUAUGGGAGCGGAUUUGAACAAUAUUGUAAAAUGUCAGAAACUCACAGAUGACCAUGUACAGUUUCUCAUUUAUCAAAUUCUUCGGGGUUUGAAGUAUAUCCACUCUGCUGAUAUAAUACACAGAGAUUUAAAACCUAGUAACCUAGCUGUGAAUGAAGACUGUGAGUUGAAGAUUUUGGAUUUUGGGUUGGCACGGCAUACAGAUGAUGAAAUGACAGGUUAUGUAGCAACCAGGUGGUACAGAGCUCCUGAGAUCAUGCUGAACUGGAUGCAUUACAAUCAAACAGUUGAUAUUUGGUCAGUUGGAUGCAUUAUGGCUGAACUUUUGACUGGAAGAACACUGUUCCCUGGUACAGACCAUAUUAACCAGCUUCAGCAAAUCAUGCGUCUGACGGGGACACCCCCUGCAUAUCUCAUUAACAGGAUGCCCAGCCAUGAGGCAAGAAAUUACAUACAGUCCUUGUCUUACAUGCCGAAGAUGAAUUUUGAAAAUGUAUUUAUUGGUGCGAAUCCUCUAGCUGUAGACUUGCUGGAGAAGAUGCUGGUGCUGGACACAGAUAAACGGAUUACUGCUGCUGAAGCUUUGGCCCAUGGCUAUUUUUCUCAGUAUCAUGACCCAGAUGAUGAACCAGUGGCAGAUCCUUAUGAUCAGUCCUUUGAAAGCAGAGAACUUGAUAUUGAGGAGUGGAAAAGCCUGACCUAUGAUGAAGUGGUUAGCUUUGUGCCACCACCACUUGACCAGGAGGAAAUGGAAUCCUGAGCACCUGUUUCUCUUUGUCCCAUAUCACUGUGAGGGGAACAUCUUUUUCAUAGGAAUUCUCCACAUACUGUUCAAGUGCCUCUUGCCAUGAAGAUUCUCCUUGGGGGAGGAUGUGUGCAUGUGUGUAUGUGUGCGUAUGUGUGAGUGUGUUGAAUGAAAAGGAAGGAAAAGAAAGAUUCAAAGGGAAAUAUUUAUACAGAAACUGUAUAAAAUUGCAUGUUCUCUUGUAUUUUUGUACACAGUUUGGGACAUGUUUCUGCAGACCUGUUUGAUUGCUUUUUUGCCUUUACUGCUGAUAAUCAGCUUUCAUUGCUCUAGGUCUAGGCAGAUAGUAUGCAGGGAAGCUGAGAUUUCAGAUGCUCAGUAGAAAUUGUUGCCAUUAAAUGGCUCUUCUACCAAGAAAAGACUUAGAAAAUGGAAACUGAACUAUUACUUGAACUGUGCUCCCUGCUUUCCAAGAUGAGGGGGCAGCAGAUUUAUUUCAGUUACUUAUUCCCACAAAGUCUCCCCACUAUUUUAUAAUAGCAGAAAAGUUGACUCCUGAACGUCUCGCUGUCUUUAAUAUGAAACAGUUGGUGUUGGUGUUUUUUAAAAAAAGUUUGUGCCUUAAAUCAGUGUUUCUCAACUUUGACAGCUUUAAGGAAUAUGGCUUCAACUCCUGGAUUUCUCCAAUCUACAUUCUGGCUGGGGGAUUCUGGGAGUUGAAGUCCACACAUUUUAAAGUAUCUGAGGUUGAGAAUCACUGCCUUAAAUGAUUGAGAGUAAAAUUAAGUCUGAGUCUCAACAAUGGAAUUUGGAGGUGUUUUUUUUGGAGUGCAGGCCUCAAAAUUCCUAGGUAUCCCUGCCUGACUACUGUAAUCAAGACACAGAUAUUCCAGCCAUCCCUCAUGAAGCAAUUUGGUCAUUUCUCUUUCUUAUUUCUCUGCCCAACUCUGAGAUGUCUCACCUCUGCUAUGCUACUGUUUUCUAUACCAUCUUCAGUUGAAAUGUGGGUUUUUGCAUGUUGUAGCUGUACAAGCAUGUAGGCUUGCUUAUAUUAUUUUGGAAGAGGCAACUCAGCCAAUAAAUUAAUGUAUUCAGUUAUCAGAGUUAGAGCCAUACAAUUUAGCAUCCAUCUAACUUUGUCCAAUUUAUGGUUAAUAUUUUGGACACUUUUAACAAGAAAGGAACUGAUAAAUAUGCAUUUUUAUUUAACUUUCUAUCCGUGGCUUUAAAAAUCAGUUCAUUUAUCAACUGGUAUGUGCCUGAAGAAGAACUCAGUUCAUUGUAUUCAUGAAUUCAAGAAAAAAUUCCCUGCACAAGGAUGAGUAGGAGGCCUCAUUUCAAGUAUUUGUGUUCAUCAGGUAUUCUGAAUAUCCAAGAACCUAUUUUUAAAAUAUUUCCUGAGAUUUAUAUAAUUCAGGCAUCAUGCAUGAAUUGUAUGCCUAUUUGAAAGCUCUGCAAUAUUUUUGUUUUUUUCUGAUGGAUUUGGGAUUUUGUGUAUUUAUCCCUUUUGUACAGAGAAGCUGUAUUUUUAAAAGGAAGGAAGGGGUGUAUGGAUAAUGAAGCCAUCAGAUCUUUCCUUUCUCUUUAGUUCAGACCCCUCUGCAAAGAAAACUUAGCUUGGGGUCCAGAGAACAAUGCUUCUUGUCAGAGGCCUUCUGUAAACUAAACAAAAUCACCUGUCUGUUGAACAUGCAGUCUGGGAAUUCAGAUGGAAAUGUAGAUAUAUUCUGUCAAAUAUACAGGAAGUUUAUUUUUAUCUGUCAUUUUAUGUGUAGCUGUGACUCUAAUGCAUAAAUACUACAAAGGGAAUUAAAAAAAUUAAGUUUAUAUGUGAGUGAAACUUUUAAAGCUGAGAUUUUAGAUGGAGGGGCCCCUGUGGAGUGCACUCCUUAGAAUGAAAAUACACACUUUAAAGAGGAAUUCUGCCCUAACUGGUUUUGCCAAAUAGGAUAUCACACAAUGCAACUGGUUUUAAAAUAAAGUUAUUUUUCAGACUAAAUGGACUGGUGGUGUUUAUAAAUUGUUGUUUAAUUGUGAUAAAGUUUUAUGAUGAUACAUACAGUUAGAUCCCAAUAGUGCACGUAACAAUAAUUUUCCCAACUAGUCACAUUUGAUUUGCCUUUAAAUGCUGCACUUGCUUUGCUUCAUCCCUGAGAGUCAGCCCUGGAAUAAAAAUCCAAACUAAG